AUGAAUAAUAUUAUGUUAUUAUUAAUCUUAUUAAAAGUUGUUUUUGCUGCAUUUAAUACAAUAACAUACAGUAAGUUAAAGAAAUUCCUACCAUUUUAUACUGAAAAAGACAACACUGAAAAUUACACUAUUUUUGAUGAUUUGUAUGAAGCAAAUGAUUUAGCUAGAUUAAUUAAAAAAAUUUAUCUUCAUAAUAAUUAUUAUCUGUUAGAUGUCAGUGAAUAUACAGAUAAAAUCUUUGAGUAUAAUUAUAAUUGGGCUGAUUUUUAUGUUGUUAGAAGAGUACUUGAUUAUUAUGAUUUUACUUCUAACUAUUCUUUGUAUUAUGAACGUGAUAACUAUGAUUAUGAUAAGUUAGUUGAUGUAUUAAAUCAAGUUAAAGAUGGAAUAAAUGAAAGUAACAUCGAUAAUUAUAGAAAACUUUAUGGAAUUCUUAUCAAAAAAUUAAAAGAAAAACUUUUAUUUAUUAGAAAUCAUAAAUCAUAUAGAAAUUUAUACUCAAAUAAAUUAACACAAUGGUCAUCAAUUGCCUAUUUAUUUGAUGAUAAAGAAGAUGAUAAAGAUUUUAUUAUUGAAUAUUUGGUGAAAGCAAAAGGGUUUAAAAGAAAUAAUUAUAAAGAUAUUAAUAUGCUUUAUAAAAUUUUGUUUGAUCCUAUUAAGCCUUUUUUAAAAAAUCUUAAAGAAUUUUUAAAUUCUGAUAAAUCUUUAAGUAUAUUAACAACGAUAGAAGAAAAAAAUUAUUAUAAAAUUUUAGAGUUUAUUGAAAAUGUUAUGAAAAAGUUCAAAGUGCUUUUAGGAGAGAAAUUGAAUUUAUAUACAGCUGAUUAUUAUAACUUAAAUGAUAAUUUAAUUCAAAAACAGUUAUUUAAAAAAGUAGAUAUUAAAAAUAAGAAUGAUAUUUUAAAUACAUUAAAAAACAUCAUUUAUAUUCUUAAAGACAAUAAUAUUGAAUUUUGGUUACAUGAUAUAUUUUUGAAUGAAAAUUGGUUAAAUACAAAUUUAAAAGGAUUUUUUCAGAAGUUAAAUGAAUAUUAUUACAGGAGAAAAAAGAAUUUUACUAAUGUGAAUGAUGUAUAUAAAUUAGCUAAUUUUAAUGAUGAUAUUGAUAAUUUAGUACACGUAUUUAAGACAGUUACAUCAUUUUUAAUUUUAAACAAUAUUAUAUAA